CAAAGCAUAUCGGAAGUCAAAAACCGGAAGUGUCCUUGGGGCUCGCUUCACAGUAUUCGCAGAUUCGGUUGUGUUCGAUCAGAUACUUUGAUAAAAAACUGUCUUUGGCGCGGUUCGUUUGGCCUGUGAUUUUAGGGAUCUGUGUUGUAGAAGCAGUCCUGACGCAUCAUGACAUCAAACAGACAUGCUAGUAAUCAACCUGCUGAAUGCGGCUCCAACGCGGACCUGAAGACACACUUUCGUGUUUGUAGGUUCAUCAUGGAAACAGGAGUCAAACUCGGGAUGCAUUCGGUCCCCGUAGCAACGGCGUGUGCACUGUACCAUCGUUUCUUCCAGUCCGCCAGCUUACGGGUGUACGAGCCCUACCUGGUGGCCAUGUCGGCUAUCUACCUGGCCGGAAAAGUGGAGGAACAGCACCUGAGAACGCGUGACAUCAUCAAUGUCUGUCACAGGUACAUGCACAUGGACAGUGAGCCUCUGGAGCUGAACACUCAGUUCUGGGAGCUGAGAGACAGCGUUGUCCAGUGUGAGCUCCUGGUUCUGCGGCAGCUGAACUUCCAGGUGUCCUUCCAGCACCCCCACAAGUACCUGCUGCACUACCUGCUGUCGCUGAAGGCACUGCUGAACCGGCACAGCUGGUCCCGCACGCCCGUGUGCGAGACGGCCUGGGCCCUGCUGAGGGACAGCUACCACGGGCCCCUGUGCGUGCAGCACCGGCCCCAGCACCUGGCCCUGGCGGUGCUGUGCCUGGCCCUGCACGCCUACGGCCUGGAGAUCCCCGCCGGGGAGGGCGAGUGGUGGCAGGUGUUUUGUGAAGACGUCACAAAGCCCAUUAUUGAGACGAUCAUCUCUGAGCUCCUGGAGCUGUACGACAUGGAAGCCAAGUGCACCUGAUGCCCAAAGACCAACAGGAAGGAGAGAAGAGUUGUUUCUCUUUGAGAGCUCGACCAGGAAGUGGUCUGCUUGUGCCUAAAAGUGCAGUUGGUAACCAAGUUGUACAAGAUUUCAAGAUGACGUUCGGUGCAGGACAACAAAAACAAUAAAAUGUGCAACACAGGAAAGUCAAGUCAGUACUGGCGUAUCGGACUAUAUGAAGGACGACACAAGACUUCUCAUUACAGCCACCUAGUGGUGUGUGAGAUUCUGCAUCCAGCGGCUACAUGCAUGUAGCUUAGCGUGUCCUCUGCGUGUGUAAACGGAGUCAGACGCGGGGAAGAUUUUGGAGGUGUCUCGGGUGGACUGCAGAAGAAAGGGGCUCCUAUUACCCUCUUUCUGAUUCAGCAUGACGCCAUGGGUAGCGGGAACAGGAGCGGGAACUAGGCUGACAGACUCCUCUGUUUCUGGUGCUAAGUAGUGUCACUGCCAGUUACUAUUACUACUGUCAUUAAUGUUUAAAUGCAUAUCAUUGCUGCAAGUUGUACAGUCACAUUUUAUGGUUUUGCAGUUCCUGCUUGUCGAUUUUUUUAUUAUCUGCAGUAUACAUUUAUUCCCUCAAUAUUUAAUCAUGUUCUUGUUUUUUUUUCCCAUUUCCAUGUCAUUUUAUUAACUGCGUUGUGUUGCCUACAUGCAAGAGGGAAUCUAUGUUCAACAGCAAUGCACAAAUAAAUGCUAGUAUGAAAAAAGG